UUCAACUGCUCAUGCAAAUCUUUUUAGUCGACAUUUACAUAACAGCAUCGACAUGAUCAAAACAAAAUGGCGGAUUUUGUUUUCAAAAUAAUUGUCGUCGGGCAAGCUGGCGUAGGAAAAACAUCAAUCGUGAGACGUUUUAUCCGAAAGUCAUUUCCAGAGAACGAUAGGCCGACAAUUGGCGUGGAUAUCGGAAUUAAACUGAUAGAGAUAAACGGAGUUAAAAUACAGCUUAAAAUAUGGGACAGUGCAGGAGCUGAACGAUUUCGUAGCAUCGCAACAAGUUACUACAGAAAUGCUGAUGCAGCAAUUUUAGUUUAUGGUAUAGACUGCUUAGAGUCGCUAUAUGAUUUACAAUCUUGGGCAACUGAGGUCAAUUACCAUGGUAACAUGCUAAAAAUCUUGGUAGGGAAUAAGACUGAUUUGGAAGAAGAACGUAAAACUUCCCAAAAUAUGGCAAUCGACUUUGCUAUGCUGCAAAACAUCGAUCUUGCAAUAGAGUGCUCUGCAAAAGUUGAUGACAAUAUCGACUAUCUAUUUCAUACUAUGGCAAAAAAGCUUUUAGUUAAACACACAACACUUUAUGGCCACCCUAAAAAAGGCGUAAAUACAAACUCGGAGAUAUUGAAGUACAAUGGUGUUAGUAAAUCUAUGGAAAACUUAUUUCAAUCGCCCCAACAAAAACAGGAUGGUGAACGUAUAGAUCCAAGUGGGACAGUACCAAAGAGAAGUUUGUUUGUGCGGCUGUGUUCCAUCGUGUGAUAGAUACUUAAAACGAA